AUGGUCAAGCAGGUCACCAGCAAGGACGAAUUCAACACUGAGCUCGCCAACGCCGGCAGCAAGCUGGUCGUGGUGGACUUCUUUGCCACGUGGUGCGGCCCGUGCAAGCGCAUCGCGCCCGCCAUCGAGAAGAUGAGCCAGGAGAACACCAACGUGGUGUUCCUCAAGGUCGACGUGGAUGAGGUCGGCGAUCUCGCCGCUGAGCUUUCCGUGAGCGCCAUGCCCACCUUCCUCUUCUUCAAGAACGGCAGCAAGGUGCACGAGGUGGUCGGCGCCAGCGAGGCCAAGAUCGCUGAGGGCAUCACCAAGCACCAGUAA